UCAUGUGAUCAGCUGUGUCCAAUCACAGCUGAUCACCUGUCAUGCUGACAGCUCGAGAGGAGAGCCGAUAAUCUGCAUUCCUCGGAGGGGACAUGGGCACUGAUCAUCAGGGCACUGAUGAUCAGUGUGCUCUGCAUGAUCAGUGUGGCCCCAGCAGUGCCACCUGUCAGUGCUAAUCAAUGCCAAUUGUCAGUGCUCUUUAAUGCCAGCUACCAGUGCAGUGCCCAUCAUGCCACAUAUCAGUGCCUACUAGUGUACAUGAAUGCCACAUAUCAGUGCCCAUCUGAGCUGCAUUUCAGUGUCACCUAUCAGUGUGCCAGUCAGUACCACCUAUCAAUGCCAGUCAGUGCCACCUAUCAGUGCUGCCAAUCAGUGCCAGUCAGUGCUGCCUAUCAG